GACUACAAAGCUGAUGAGGACCCUGCGUUAUUCCAGUCGAUUAAGACAAAGAGAGGACCUUUGGGGGCAAAUUGGAAGAAGGAGCUAGCAACUGACGAAGAGUGCCCUAAAAUGUGUGCUUACAAGUUGGUGACGAUCAAAUUUAAAUGGUGGGGGCUGCAGAACAAGGUCGAAAACUUUAUACAAAAGCAAGAAAAAAGGAUAUUCACCAACUUUCAUCGCCAGCUGUUCUGUUGGAUUGACAAGUGGAUUGAUCUGACUAUGGAAGACAUUAGGAGAAUGGAGGAUGAAACCCAAAAGGAGCUGGAAGCGAUGCGUAAGAAGGGUUCCGUUCGAGGCACUUUGGCUGCUGACGUCUAGAGGAGUUCUCUGUAGGUUCUGAGGCAAAUCGAGCUGUUUACGUAAUCAAGGCCAAGUCAGAGGAACAAGUGCUGCCAAUGACGAAUGAUGAUGGAUUUAACCGUCACAUGCCGUGUCGAUAUACAAAUGUGUGUGUGGAUGCAUGAUUAUUUGUAUAUAAUUAUAUAUACGCACAUGCAUACUGAAGGGGGUUGUUACAGUGUCUCCAGGGUGCUCUGCCUCUCCCCAGCAAAGAUUCAGCGGAAACUGCUUUCAUUAUGUAUACCUGAAGCAAAUAAAAAUCAACUGAGUAGUGUCAUUUAAAGGGUGAAUUAACUGCAGAAUUAUGCUAACUGGUAUGUUUCAUGAAUGUCAAUACUGGACCAAUUUAUUCCCUACUCGCUGGGGUUUUUUUUUUCCUCCCCCUGUCUUGAGUCACUCUGCUAUAACUUUGCCCAUAUCACAUUGUAAAGAGACAAUUCCAAUAAGUUGAUUUUCAGGUUUGUGUCUUCCCUAUGUGAUUAUUUUUGGAAUAGGAACAAUGAAUGUAUUUAUAGCUAUUUAUUUCUGGAUUGUCGUUAUCCUAUAGUCAAAUCAGGAAAAAAAACCCCAACAUUUCUAUUAGGGAAAAUUUGAAGACUUUUACUGUUUGAAUAAGUUUAACCCAAACUUUACCCAGUCAC